GAGACAAAUAGGGCUAGUGCGAUGUCAAGUUCUCGUUCUUUGUAAUCCAAAUACGUGAGCGGCUGUGGCCAGGUAAUCACAACCAUUAAAAAAAGUCCCAUCUUUCUGUGACCCUGAGCUUGCCAACUCUGUUCGCCCAUGUAUGGUACAGUUGAUUGACGCUCUUUGGAUUCGGAAUUUUAAUUUUUUUUUCCCAGCGCAAAAAACCAAGGUAGCUCCCGCCUCUCUGCUUUCUUUUAGAAUGAAAUUUUUGAAGGCUUUCAGUGUUUGUGACUCAGAAAUUGGAAUUCGUCGCAAUAGAAAUCCCGAUCACCUGAGUUCUGAUUCUGCAGCGCCAACAGGAUUUAUUGAGCUUCAAAUGAUACAUCAUGGGGACGGCUCUUGCCAGGCCGCCUGCGAAGCCGUCUCUCUCGAUCGUUUCGAUUCGCUUCCUGCCCUGCAGGUUUUGCCAUUCGAUAAUGGGGAUGUUUCUUCUCCAUCUUCACGCUAUUCAUCAUGUGGAGACUCCGAUUUCGACAACUAUUGUAGCGCGAACUCGGUCUUGGGUACCCCAAGUGUGUGUAGCACGAUUACUAUUUUCAACGAUUUUACGGAAUCUGAUAAAAGUGAUCUGGAGAAUUUUAGUUUAAGAGAUAGAGUUGCUAUUACGAGCAAGGAUCAGAUGCUUUCAUCGAUUGGUGCUUCGAGCAAUAUGCCAUUUUUGCGAGCUGGUAUUCGCAGUGGGAAUAUCCAGAUUCACCAGAACUUAAAACGCAGCUCCAUUGGGUUAGAAUUGCAUGGUGGUGACAACGACGAAGCCCCUGCUACUUCCAUAUUUAGUCUCGAUAGAAGCCGGGCAUCUGGUCCCAAUGGAAGGCAGCUGUCUGAUCUAGGUGGUCACCAUCAGUCUGGUCUUAGAGGAAGUCGGCCAUCUGAUUCCUAUCAUUGCAUCGGUCUAGUCUUGGUGGAAGUCGAUCAUCCCAUCUUGGUCGUCACCAGUGCUACAGUCUUAGUUGGCUUUGAUCGUUUGAUCUCAAUGAAAGUUGGCUACUUAGAGCGUUGA